AUGCCCCUGGAGGCCGGAACCGGUGCCGAGUCCCUAGCCAAGCGCGCCCCUGAAGCCCAGAGCCAGCGCCGGCCGGAUCAACCCGGGAAGCAGACUGGGAGUAUCGGGAAGGCAGGGGCAGGAGGGACUCCGCUGGGACGCACUGGCGGGUGGGCCGGGGUGGACGGAUCCGCAGUCGCCGAGGAGAAACUGACCAGGGCAGAGCAGCCGUUCAACGCCCCCAAGAACACCUCAGUGUCCAUCAGCCCCUCUGGUGCAAUAGCAGAAGGCAGUUCUGUCACCCUGACCUGCAGCAGCUCUGCAAACCCUCCAGUGAAGAACUACAGCUGGUUUAAGAUCAAUGGAACUGGUCCAUUAUAUAAAGGACCCAACUACACCAUCAUUAACAUCAGCUCUGCAGACAGCGGACAGUACUACUGUGAAGCACAGACCCGGCUGGACGUGACGGUGCUCUCUUCAGCUGCUGGUGGCCCGGCUGGGGCGACGCUCCUCACGGCGCUGGCAGUGAGGACGAAAGACGCACCGCGCAGCUCGCCUGAGACUCCGGGCGAACAGAAGCUGUUCCCUGUUGCAGAACUGCUGGAAGGCCUCAGGGCUGCUGCUGCUGCACAGUGCUGUGGAUGGAGAUCUGAGGAGCAGGGAGGCACCCAAGAGAGAAAACCGCAUCCCAGACCCGAGCAGCGAGGUCUCAGCAGGGCUGGUUGCACGUGUCUAGGAGAACUCCCGAACCCCAACUGCGCAAAGGUCACUUCAGACCGCACCAAGGGAGGAGGGCCGAGCCUGCUGCACCGUGGGCUCCAGGCGCUGGAGCAGCGGCGGUCUGGGGCAGAGCUCUCGGUCCGAGCGAUCUGGGAAAAGCUUCCCUCUGCAUCCCGGCUCUCCACGCUCGAGAGUGGCUCCUCUCUUUGUCUUCCUCUCGGCCGCUCACCUCUGUCGGAUCUGCUCAUCCCUGUGUUUCGCCGAGCUCCCCCUGCCACGUCCAGCAGGGACUCGGGCGCGUCGUGGAAUAUCGCCCGCGAGUGGGUCAGUGCCGGGCGCCGCGGUCACGCAGGGAUGUUCCGCCAGGGGGCGUCAGUCCGCUUGCUCGUGCGCUGUUCGUACCAGCGGUGCAGGACGGAGCGAGCGCCUGCUUCCUCGGGGCUGUGGUGUCUGCUGGGGUGUGAGGCGGAAAGGGCCAGUGUGGCGGUGAAUCGCGCUGGUUGAAGAGAGCUGUGAAAAACAGCAAAAUGCCACAUAGAAUCAGAAGCAACGGCAUGUGAUGUUUUUGCUGCUUUGGCGACACGUUCUCCUCUCGCUUGUCUCUCACUGUGAUCCGUGUCGGGCUCGGCUUUGGCCCAGUCCGGAGCGACACUACUGCGCAAUGACCAGGCCAGCAGUGCGCUGCGCUCCUUUCCGCUUUGUCAAACCCGGCGCGUAAUCUCUUAUGUAGUUUAAGAUACACUGA